AAACGCUCUCUUCCAUUACCUUUGAUUCGAUUCCUCGCCGGAAUCGAUGAAAUCAGCGUAAAAUUCCUCAAGCGCCGUCGUGUUCGGAUUUUGAAUUACAUGAAUCGCAGACGAUGCGUUGUUGUUGUUGUUGUUCUUCUCUGAGAGAUCGGAUUCUGCCGUGGCUUCGCGAUUAUGAUCGGCUCCAAUCCCUCGCCGUCGUCCUCAUUUACAUUCAAAUUGCUUGCGCAUUGAUUGGAUCGCUGGGGGCAUUGUACAACGGCGUGCUGCUCAUCAAUUUGGCUAUUGCCUUGUUCGCACUCGUCGCCAUUGAGAGCAGCAGCCAGAGCUUAGGCCGGACGUACGCCGUUUUGCUCUUCUGCUCCCUUCUCCUCGAUGUCUCCUGGUUCAUUCUGUUUUCUUACGAAAUUUGGCACAUUUCCUCGGAUUAUGGAGCACUUUUCAUCUUUUCGGUCAAACUCACUCUCGCCAUGCAAAUUGUUGGGUUUUCGGUGAGGUUAUCCUCCUCGUUCCUGUGGAUUCAGAUUUACAGGUUGGGGGUUGGUUAUGUUGAUGGGAAUGGUCCUCGAGAUGCCGAUUUUGAUUUGAGAAAUAGUUUCCUCAGUCCUGCAGCUCCUUCCAUAGUUAGACAAUGCUCUGGGAAUGAUGAGGCUUUAGGAGGCUCCAUAUAUGACCCUGCUUAUUACUCGUCUCUCUUUGAAGAAGGACAAGACACCAAGAGUUCCUUUGUGGGUCAUAAUGAUGCUAGUGGAAACAAUGGAUCUACUUCUUGUGCUGAAGUUUCUCAACUGAAGCCAUCAGCUGGCAGAUUAGAGGCUAUUGAAGAGGAGGAGGAUAAUGAAAGAAAAAUGCUUGGGAACAUUUGAAUCUGAGCAUGAAAUCUGUGAGAAGUCCAGCUUGGUAUCCACCUCUGAUACAUUUUGUUUUGAUUUUCUUUCUUUGUUGAGGCCAUAACCAGGGUAUCAAUAGGAGUCGGAUCUGUACAGCUUCACAUUUUUUGCCAUUUUUUUUCCCGAGAUUUAGAUGCAAAUAUUGAAGUUUGAAGAACCAGUUGUUCGUUGGCGGAAAAAAAAAAAAAAGAAUCAGUUGUUCAUUCAGCUUAUCUCAUGAGGAAUACAGUAAAUGUAAAAGGUUUUGCUUUUGAGAAGCACUUUUGGUGUUCAUUAUUCAUUGUAGCAACUAGCAAGCCAAGGAUGCCCGUCUUGGCUCAAGGUUCUUGAUCAGGAACCAACACUCCUAACACGCAGGUAAUGCACAGCUAUUAUGCUUUUCUCGAAAUAUAUGCUUUGCAUUGACUAUUGACUUUGGAUCUGCUAGGCCAUGGUUAGGUAUUAGCGUUGUCAUCCUGGUUGAGGAUUUUUUUUUAGCUCAUUCUCCGAAUUGGUCGAAUAGUUACUUGGAAUGGUAAAACAAUAUAACUUUCUUUUUGUCAUUAUCGGCUUUCUAGUGAUGUCUUUUGCCUCUGAAUGACUAUGAAUGACAUUAAGUAUUCUUUUUCAAAUUUUCAAUAAAUUCAUGCAAAUUUU